CUCAGCCAUCACUCAGUGUCUAAAAGGAAAAACCGUUCAUAUGUAUGGAGAUUCCACCAUGAGGCAGUGGUUUGAGUACCUUGAUGCAGCACUACCAGAUCUAAAGGCAUUAAACAUGCAUAGCCAGAAAACAAUUGGACCUUUGAUGUCCCUGGACGACAAAAACAACAUUUUGGUGACAUACCGCACCCACGGUCCUCCUCUACGAUCUUUUAGUGUCCCCGCCAUUGAGCUGCAUUAUAUUGCCAAUGAGCUCGACGAGGUGCCUGGAGGCAGGGACACGGUCAUAGUACUUGGUAUCUGGGCACACUUUGGUACUUUCCCUAUUGAGUUCUUUAUCCGCCGGCUGCAGACCAUCCGCAGAGCAAUGGUCCGGCUGCUGUCCAGGGCUCCAGACACAAUGAUUGUGAUUCGGACUGGAAACCCCAAAAGUUUGACGACCUUCCUUCAUGCAUCUACUAACAGUGAUUGGUACUCAUUACAGCAGGACAAGGUGCUCAGGGAUAUGUUCAAAGAACUGAAUGUCCAUCUAGUGGAUGCCUGGGAGAUGGUUGUGGCCCACCAUCUGCCACAUGAGCUCCACCCACAACCUUCAAUUAUCAAGAACAUGAUUAAUGUUCUUUUGUCCUACAUAUGUCCUCAAAAGGGUGGAUAGAUGUGUUUAUUUUGGCAGUCCGUGCACAAUUUUAAACUAAACUAUAAAAAAAGAUCCAAAAGUAACUUUUCAAAAAUUGCAGAAACUAAUCUUCAGUCUAGGCCUCAAUGAUAUGAGUGUUUUUCAAGCUGAAAUUUUCAAGGCCAAGCAUAUUCACUUUUUUAAAACAAGCUCAAUAAAAUCUCAAUAGAC